AUGUCACGUCCGGUGAUGAGACCGUUUACGUGGACGGCUGACGUGGCCACGUGUCAUGUUGCGUUAGGCGUCGACGUCGAGUACGUGAACGGUCUCGCACAGACGUGUAACGCGGUGGUGCAAAAUAGGAUGCGGACGAUGGCCGACGAAAUGGCGCAAAUGGUCCCCGCAGACAAAGCCGUGAGAGAGCCUGCAGCCCUGACACCGACGGCCGAUAGUACCUCUUGCCCCAGUACGGAACCUAACUCGUCAAAAGCUGAUAGCCAGGAAUCGACGUUAAACCACAUCUAUAAAUAUUGGAAACUGCGGUUUUCACUAUUUUCAAGGUUUGACGAGGGAAUUAUACUCGACGAGGUUAUUGCCAUCGACUUGGAUCCAAAGAAAAUAGCUUUGGCCAAGAAAAACGCAAAGGUUUACGAAGUGGCCCACCGGAUAGAUUUUCGGGUGGGAAAUUCUUUCUUGGUGGCCGCUAACCUCAAGGUGGAUGCUGUUGUUACCUCACCGCCGUGGGGUGGUCCCGGGUACGAAAAGCAGGCAAAGUUUGAUGCCAGAGACCUUUGUGGACGUGAAACUGGUGGCAUGGCAGCUAUUAUUCGGAUGGCACGUGCGGUUGCGUCCAAGGUGGUUCUGCACGUACCGAAGAAUAUAGAUAAAGUCCAAUCGAGUCAGGCGAUGAGCGGUGAUCUAUUGUGAAGUUCAGGGUACGACAGCUGUAAUUUUUUCCCCUUUCCUGGAUCCGUUUAUGCAUGUAGAAGCGCCGAAUCCUACGCAUAAGUCAGGCCGGGGAUCUGAGGGGCCAAUCUGUUGUUUGCAAUAUUCUGAC